AUGCGGUAUAAGAUUGUUGGUGAAUUCUUUGCGAGCUAUCCCGUCUGGUUGAACGAGCCAGACAAAGCACUGAAUUUUCAGACACAAAACCUGCGAGUAAAUGCCUUCGCAGUCCAGUGGCUCGAUUAUCACCUCAGUGACCUGGUUGUUAGGAAGCCAGGUUCCAGCCUCCGAGCUUUCCGAAUCUUUGACAGGACGAGGCUAAAGCCCCCCGCAGGGCUAAUCUCGGAGGCUCUCGAUUUCUUGCAAAGCUCGGACAAUAUCACCGUGUCCCAGGGACAGACGGCUGCUCUCAGCUGUUACAUUGACAGUAAUGUCACUCGUGUGGCCUGGUUAAAUCGCUCGAGCAUCAUGUACGCUGGGAGGGAUAAGUGGUCGAUGGACUCGAGGGUGAGGCUGGGAGCUCACAGCGAAUUGGAAUACAGCAUCGAGAUCUCGCCAGUCGAUGUGUACGAUGAGGGGCUCUACACCUGCUCAUAUCAGACCAUGGACCAACCUCACACUGUACAGGUCUACCUGAUAGUGCAAGUCCCAGCGAAGAUUAUAAACAUCUCCUCAGACGUUACAGUGAACGAAGGCAGCAACAUUCUCCUCCUGUGUUUGGCAGUGGGGCGUCCCGAGCCUGUGGUCACCUGGAAAAAGGUCACCUCAAAACACAGUUAUUUGAUUAAUGACGGGGAGUAUUUGGAGAUCACAGAGAUUAAGCGGCAGGAUGCAGGUGAUUACGAGUGUGUGACCAGCAAUGGACUGUCCAGCCCAGACAUGAAGAAAGUCCGGAUAACGGUUAACUACGCUCCGGUGAUUAAGGAUGUGAGGAAUGUGACAGUGAGGAGGGGACAACCAGCUGUUCUCCGCUGUGAGGCACUGUCUGUCCCAGCUGCAGACUUCCAGUGGUACAAGGAAGAGAAGAGGCUCUCUGGUGGAAUUGAAGGAUUGCGAAUUCAGAAAGACCGGACGAGAUCCUUGUUGAUGUUCUUUAAUGUCUCUCAGGAGAGUUAUGGGAAUUACACCUGCUUUGCCUCCAAUAAGCUGGGGGUUUCCAAUGCCAGUAUGUUGCUUCAUGGUGGGCCCCCAUCCCAGGGUGCGGUGGUUGCCGUGGAGAUCGGCCUCUGGUUCUGGCUGGUGGCCUCCAGCUGCUUUCUGAUCUUCCGGAACAAUUAG